UGUGUAUUUCACUGCAAGAAAAAGAAGGGAGGGGCCAAAUCUAUAAAGACAUCAACAUGGGUGAGUUCAGGUAAAAAGGCAAACCCUGCGUAGCUCCUCCUUGCUCAUCCCAAGACAGGUGUGGACACAGACCCCCUGCCUCCUGCCGGCCAAGAUGGGCAGCUGACAAAUUGAGAGCAUCCACCAAGGGCUGCCUGAGAUCACAUGGAUGCCUGGAGCCACACCUCAGCACUGGCCUCACAUGGAGCCAUGGGGGAAGCCUACCCACCCACCUACCCACCAAAUCCUGUGUGCAGACAGUCCUAACAAAGGCCUGAAAAAGGACAAUUCCUGUCCUCCGGAUCCUGACAGCCCAGAGGAGGGGCAUCUUACCAACCUUGAGGAGUCAGGAAAGCAACCUGGAGGGCAUGUCCAAGUUGGGUUUUGACGGAUGCAUAGGAGUUCAUCAGAUAGACUCAGGAUGGGCUGGGUGGGAGAGGAGGUUUUGCAAGGAGAAGAAAAGGAGGAUGAUUUUCCCAGGCGGCUCAGCGAGAGUGCGGAGGACCUCAGCUUGGAUUUGGGGGCCCUUCAGGGCAGCGAGUAUCUGCAGGACCUGGGCCUUGGGGCCCCCUCCCACAGCCAGCCUGGGGAGGCCCCAGAUAGCCGCGCCCCCAGUGAAGAACCAGGAAGGGAUUCCCUUUUCUCCAACUUGGUGAGGUCCCAGGACCUGUCAAGGCGGCGCAGCUGGGAAAGGUCGCGGAGCUGCUCAGAGAGCUGGCGGAGGCUCAGCCUCGAUGCCUCAGCGGUGGAUGAGGAACCCUGUCUCCCUCGAACACUGGCCAGCCUUGCUUUGAACCUGCCGGGAGAAGGGCUGAAGACUUGGACUCAAGGGUGUCUGUCUGGGGGCGGGACCCCUGCAGAGAGCCCAGGCAAAGAAUGUGACAGCCCCAAGAAAAGAGUGAGGUCAAGGUCCGUUCCUGUGUCCUAUGAGAUCCGCUCCCCGGAAAUCUCUCCGGAUUUGGAAGUGCCUGCUCCACCUGUUCAAGGCCUGGAACCUCCAGUGCUGGAGUGCAUGGAAAAAGACCACGUGGAACCAGAUCACGUGCUGAUUGUCCAGCAGGUGCUUCAAGAACUUCGACAGUACCAUGGGGCCCGGCAGAGGGCUUGCAUGUCACCCAGCUCCGGAGAAACCCACUCGAACCUGACCUGGUUUGAAUUCCUGUCGGAGAGCGAGGACAGUGCUGGCAAGAAUGAGAAGAGUGACAAGAGUACCAGCGUGAAGCGCAGGCUGAGCUGCCUCCGCAGUCGAGUGACCAGACAGAAGGAGAAGGGGAAGAGCCUGGCACAUCUAAAGGACAAGGGCCAGGAUGCACGAGAGAGGCGGGAGUGUGUCAAUGGGCACCAGCUCGUGCAAGGGACCUUCUCCAGCCCCUCCAGCUGCCCCCUGUGUGGCAAACCCUUCUUGAGCUCGGCCUCGCUCAAGGAGAACCCCCGGGGCACCCUCCUGUCCGAUGGCAGCCCGGCCCUGUCCAGGAAUGUCGGUAUGACGGUCUCUCAGAAAGGGGGUCCCCAGCCAACACCGAGCCCGGCUGGCCCUGGGACGCAACUCGGACCAAUCACAGGAGAGAUGGAUGAAGCCGAUUCUGUGUUUUUAAAACUUAAGCAGACAGCUGAUGACUCUCUGUCCCUCACAACUUCGAACGCCGAGUCCAUUUUUGUAGAAGAUCCCUACGCCGCCUCUCUGAGGAGUGAGAUUGAGUCAGAUGGCCACGAGUUUGAAGCCGAGUCCUGGAGCCUCGCCGUGGACCCGGCCUACGCCAAGAAGCAAAAGAGGGAGGUGGUGAAGAGACAAGAUGUCCUUUAUGAGCUGAUGCAGACGGAGGUGCACCACGUGCGGACUCUCAAGAUCAUGCUGAAGGUGUACUCCAGGGCCCUGCAGGAGGAGCUGCAGUUCAGCAGCAAGGCCAUUGGCCGCCUCUUCCCAUGUGCUGAUGACCUGCUGGAGACGCACAGCCAUUUCCUCGCUCGGCUCAAGGAGCGCCGCCAGGAGUCCCUGGAGGAGGGCAGCGACCGGAAUUAUGUCAUCCAGAAAAUCGGCGACCUCCUGGUUCAGCAGUUUUCAGGUGAAAAUGGGGAGAGAAUGAAAGAAAAGUAUGGUGUGUUUUGUAGUGGCCACAAUGAAGCUGUUAGUCAUUACAAGUUGCUGCUUCAGCAAAACAAGAAAUUUCAAAACUUGAUCAAGAAAAUCGGCAACUUCUCCAUCGUGCGCCGGCUUGGUGUGCAGGAGUGCAUUCUCCUGGUUACACAGCGCAUAACCAAAUACCCAGUGCUGGUGGAGCGCAUCAUCCAGAACACGGAAGCUGGCACUGAGGACUACGAAGACCUGACCCAGGCCCUGAACCUCAUUAAAGAUAUCAUUUCACAAGUGGACGCCAAGGUCAGCGAGUUUGAGAAGGGCCAGCGCCUCAGGGAGAUCGCAGGGAAGAUGGACCUGAAGUCCUCCGGCAAACUCAAGAACGGGCUCACCUUCCGCAAGGAAGACAUGCUUCAGCGGCAGCUUCACCUGGAGGGCAUGCUCUGCUGGAAGACCACAUCAGGGCGCUUGAAAGAUGUCCUGGCCGUCCUGCUGACCGACGUACUUUUGCUGCUACAAGAAAAAGAUCAGAAAUACGUCUUUGCUUCUGUGGACUCAAAGCCACCCGUCAUCUCGUUACAAAAGCUCAUCGUGAGGGAAGUGGCCAACGAGGAGAAAGCGAUGUUUCUGAUCAGCGCUUCCUUGCAAGGGCCAGAGAUGUAUGAAAUCUACACGAGCUCCAAAGAGGACAGGAACGCCUGGAUGGCCCACAUCCGAAGGGCCGUGGAGAGCUGUCCUGAUGAGGAGCAGGGACCCUUCAGCCUGCCCGAAGAGGAAAGGAAGGUGGUCGAGGCCCGCGCCACAAGACUCCGGGACUUUCAAGAGCGCUUAAGCAUGAAAGACCAGCUGAUUGCACAGAGCCUCCUAGAGAAGCAGCAGAUCUACCUGGAGAUGGCAGAGAUGAGCGGCCUGGAAGACCUGCCCCAGCCCCGAGGCCUAUUCCGUGGAGGGGACCCAUCCGAGACCCUGCAGGGGGAGCUGAUUCUCAAGUCGGCCAUGAGCGAGAUUGAGGGCAUCCAGAGCCUGAUCUGCAGGCAGCUGGGCAGCGCCAACAGCCAGGCGGAAGACGGAGGUAGCUCCACAGGCCCGCCCAGGAGGGCCGAGACCUUCGGGGGCUACGACUGCACAAACAGCCCUACCAAGAAUGGCAGUUUCAAGAAGAAAGUCAGCAGCACCGACCCCAGGCCCCGAGACUGGCGAGGCCCCCCAAACAGCCCGGACUUGAAGCUCGGUCACACUGACGUUCCUGGGGGCUCCGAGGAAUCGCCGCAGGUGGUGGAGGCGCCAGGCACGGAAUCUGAUUCCCGUCUACCCACCGCGCUGGAGUUGGAGCUUGUCCAGCGGAUCCAGACACUGUCCCAGCUGCUCCUGAACCUCCAGGCGGUCAUCACCCACCAGGACAGCUAUGUAGAGACGCAGCGGGCAGCCAUCCUGGAGCGCGAGAAGCAGUUCCGGCUGCAGUCCACGCGUGGGAACCUGCUGCUGGAGCAGGAGCGGCAGCGCAACUUCGAGAAGCAGCGGGAGGAGCGCGCGGCCGUGGAGAAGCUGCAGAGCCAGCUGCGGCAGGACCAGCAGCGCUGGGAGCGCGAGCGCCAGUGGCAGCAACAGGAGCUGGAGCGUGCGAGCGCCCUGCUGCAGGAGCGCGAGGGCGAGGCGCGGCAGCUACGCGAGCGGCUGGAGCAGGAGCGCGCCGAGCUAGAGCGCCAGCGCCAGGCCUACCAGCACGACCUGGAGCGGCUGCGCGAGGCCCAGCGCGCGGUGGAGCGCGAGCGGGAGCGCCUGGAGCUGCUGCGCCGCCUCAAGAAGCAGAACACCGCGCCGGGCGCGCUGCCGCCCGACACACUGACCGAGGCCCAGCCCCCAAGCCACCCUCCCAGCUUCAACGGGGAAGGGCUGGAGGGGCCUCGGGUGAGCAUGCUGCUGUCCGGUGUGGGGCCAGAGUACGCAGAGCGCCCUGAGGUGGCUCGCCGGGACAGCGCCCCCACCGAGAGCCGGCUGGCCAAGAGCGAUGUGCCCAUCCAGCUGCUCAGCGCCACCAACCAGUUCCAGAGGCAGGCGGCCGUGCAGCAGCAGAUCCCCACCAAGCUGGCGGCCUCCACCAAGGGUGGCAAGGACAAGGGCGGCAAGAGCAGGGGCUCUCAGCGCUGGGAGAGCUCAGCGUCCUUCGACCUGAAGCAGCAGCUGCUGCUCAACAAGUUCAUGGGGAAAGAUGAGAGCACCUCACGGAACCGCCGCUCGCUGAGCCCCAUCCUGCCCAGCAGACACAGCCCCGCGCCACCGCCAGACCCUGGCUUCCCCGCCCCAAGCCCACCGCCAGCUGACAGCCCCUCUGAGGGCUUCUCUCUCAAGGCCGGGGGCACAGCCCUCCUGCCCGGGCCCCCAGCUCCCUCGCCACUGCCGGCCACACCACUCAGCGCCAAAGAGGACGCCAGCAAGGAAGACGUCAUCUUCUUCUAAAAGAGCUGUGACUUAAGGUGCAAGGCCCCUCCCUGCCCUGCCCAACCUUCCUGCUCUCUGGGGACCCCCAUGGGGUCACCAUGCCCACCCAGCUGUCCCCUCCUCUUCCCUAGCAAACCACCGAUGACCGCCUGGCAGGGGCUGGCCUGUCGGUGCUCUGGGCCUCGCAGCUCUUUCUGUAGGAUUAGCAGUGGUGGCCUGGGUCACUUUCUGAACCUCUUUUUUUUUUUCAAAAAGGAAAGUUUUUAAUGGAAAGUUGAGCCAGGACUAAACCAGGGAGCUGUCUGAAAUCAUAGCGCCCCAUGCUGGUGGCGGGGAGACCAACUCCGCGCUGUUUUUCUGAGGCAGUGAGGAACGGUGCCGGCUCUGCACGGAGCUGAGGACAGGACAGACCUCGCUCUGAGAAGGAGCUGCUGGCCGGGGCCACGCUCCACGGCCACCACGCAACACUGGAGUCAGGGGUUAGGGCACCAGGAGGAGCCAGGUGGCGUCGGCAGCAUCUGUCCCCAGAAUCAGGCAGAAUCCACUUCCCAAGCAGAGACUCAUGCAGGUUCACCGUGAACCUCAGGGCCAGGGAAUGAGCCAGGCACGGGGGCAUGGGCAGAGAGGGCCACGGGGCAGGGCCCACUGAGGGGACAUCAGUGGCCCUCCAGGCAGUUCUGUGGGUUUGGAAGCCCACUGUGAAAGGGGCUGACCUUUGCCCCUUUUUACUUGGCAUUGGUUUUGAAACCAGCUUCUCCCAAACUCUGCUUCCCGAGGUCACCCAUUGCUGUUCACACGCUACGUCUGUCUGGGAAGCCAGGUCUCUAGCUUCAGCCAGGGCGCAUAUACACCCCGGACGCAGGGUCCUCGGCCCCCGGGAAAUGAGCUCCUGGGGCUGGCAUCCCACCUUCCAGGCAGGGCUGGCACGUCACAGACUGUCGAGAGCGCCACAUCCCGGGGCGUGCGGAGGAAGCACCUAGAGACGUUGCAGCGAGUGGCCAAGUGGCUGCUGUGCGGGCCCCUCGCUUGUAGUGAGCUGUUGCAGCUCAUGGCCCCUCCCCUGGAGGAUGGAGGAAGGAGUGCUGGGCAGUGUCGAAGGUGCUGGGACGUCCCAUGGUGGCGAUCCCGGGACAGUGAGAUCCAUCCAUGAUCCAGCUCCGGUGGAGAAGGGGGCACAUUUCAAGCCUUGUUCUGCACCCCAAGCAUUAGUGGCAGGACUGGGUCCUGGCUGGUCAUCCUUGUUCCCAGUGGGGAACACGUGAGCCCCCACCAGGGCCAAGUCCUUCUCCGGAACCCAGGGUCCUGGGAACCGCAGAUCCCUUGGGGAUUCAGCCCUUCUCCCACUGUGCUGGCAGAGGCGCCUCUGUGACCCUGAAUACAGUGAACAGGGACAUUUCCCGCCACUCGGGGACAGACGGGCACAGGGGAUGGGCAACUCCAUCAGGAAGUGCUCCCCUGGGCAGAGGCGCCCACUGGGUGCUGUGGGCUCAGGAGGGGACAGGGCAGGAGCUGAUGCCAACUAGGACCAGAGCCCCACAGCCAUACAGCCCGUUGGUGACAAGGUCCUGAGAACACAGUGAGUGGCCAGGCGUCCCAAGACGCCUGGCCCCUCCGACGACCUCGACUCCACCCAGCCCAGUCGCUGGCCAUCAGCGUCGCUCUCCGCCCCCCCGUCGGAUCCCAUGUGUGCCAUGUUUAUCAUCAGUGUUUUGUAUUUUUGUACUGAGUAUCGGAGCACUUUACAAAAGCUGACUGUACAUUCCUGUUCUGUUGUGAAGAGAACAUUCCUAGACCCUCGUACCCUCCUGAGCCGGCAUGUGCCGGUCCAGCCCUCUGAGAUGCCACAAUUCCUUGGAUGGGGGAGAAGUUCAAGGAAUUUCUGCUCGGCCAUUCGGUGGGAACCCUGCGUCCCUGCCACAUGGCCGAGGGGUCUCAGUCGUGCUAGGCAUGGGGCGGCGGCAUUGACAGCCCUUCCCUCGCCAGUGCCCCUCGGCCACUUCUGGGUUGGAGCCCGAUUUUAUUUGUAAAGUUGACGGUCGAGCACAUGUUCAUAUUUUCGUGGGAUCUGCACACGUCUUUGUCAGUCGUGAUCGUGAUCUUAGUCACCUGCUAAUUAUUUUUACGAUGAUUACGUUUCCUCACCGCGGGAUAUUUCUGACCUGCUUUAGAACUUAAGACCUGAUUCUAGCAAUAAACGUGUCCAAGAUGA